AUGGAAAUAGUUCGAGAUCCAGGUGUAGUCAGCACUAUUCGCAGUUUGUUGUGUUAUACACCUGAAGAUUCCAAAUUUCUCAGUACUGCAGGAUGGAACUAUCCGAAUUAUCCACAUUUAACAGGGGACGCCUUUAUUUUACUGAUUCCAAUCAAACAUAUUUUCAACAUUUUCAACGAUUACACUAAAUUAACCUAUGGUCGUCAAGUGUUUCGCUUUGUUCGAGCGCGUAAUGAUAAAGAUUGCAUUGUUGUCCAAGAACCUACUGCUUCCACGACGGUAACAACAGUAUCAUUAACCAUCGCCAGCAUGGAACUCAAGGUCAAACAUGUCUUUCCCAAUGAUGAUGUGAAAAUCGAAUUAAUGACUCCGAUUAAGAAUAAUACACCGAUAACCAUACCUUUCCGUAAAUGGGAGCUCAAUGAACUACCUUCACUUACGGCAGGAUCUCGACGAGAGAUAUGGAGUGUAAAGACAACUUCAGCUGUUGAACGUCCACGCUACGUUAUUGUAGCUUUUCAAACUUCUAAACGAGAUGAUAUUCACGCUAAUCCGACGCUAUUCGAUCACAUUAGAAUGUCCAGCGUACGAGUGGUUAUUAAUGGUGACUAUUGGCCUAACGAGAGAAUGCAAUUGGAUUUCACAAAAAAUGAUUACGCUAUAGCUCACUACAAUUAUACUGAAUUCUUUCCCAGUUAUGCUCGUUCGCUAACAAAACAUCCCAUCUUAGAUUACUCUGCAUUUAAAAGAUAUGCUUUGUUUGUUUUUGACUGUUCCAAGCAGGAUGAUACAUCGUUUAGAUCUGGAACUGUCGAUGUUAAGUUAGAAAUCGAAGCAGAUGAAGGUUUUCCAGCAGGUACUCGAGCUUACUGUUUAAUUUUUCACGACAGCCUACUCGAAUACUUUCCACUAACUGAAGUUGUCAAAAAUAUAAUUUAA